AUGCCCGGAGCCCCGAUUGAACAAGCGGCUACUAUGCAGCAAGAAGCCCCCAGUGGCCUCGACAUCCUCGUCAUCGGUGGAGGCAUUGCUGGUCUCGGCUUCGCCAUCGAGGCCUACCGCAAGGGACACAACGUAUCUAUCAUUGAGCGCUCUCACCGGGUUGGACGUGAAGGUGUUCUCCACUACAAGUACGACGGCACAUACAUUGGCUCCAACGCAUUCCCUCUUGCCAUGAGCCGGGCUAUUCUUCAUGACACUCUGAACCAAUAUGUUCGGGGUCUUGGCAUUGAGGUCAAGUUCUCGACCCGCGUUGUCGACUAUUUCGAGACAGAUGAUCAUGCCGGUGUCACCUUGGAUGACGGCUCCAAACUCUGCGCCGACGUCGUGGUUGCGAGUGACGGUGUCGGCUCCAAGUCUUGGAGUCUGGUUUCGGGAUACAAAGAGAAGCCUGUUAGCUCUGGCUACGCCCUUUUCCGGGCCACUUACCCCGUAGGCCUUGCUCUUGACAAACCUCACAUCGCCGAGGAGUAUGAAAACGUGCAGGACAAGUGCAAACUGUUUGCCGGCGACGGGGCUCACAUUAUCAUCGCCAGAGCCGGUCCCAACAUGAUCUUCAUGCUUACACACAAGGAUACCGGCACCGCCGAGGAAGAGUGGACAAAGCAGACAUCUGUCGACCACGCCUUGCCACAUGUUGAGGGCUGGAGUCCCGAAGUAAGGGACAUCAUUGAAUCCGCUCCCAACCGUCAAGCCGUCGACUUUAAGCUCAUGUGGCGCAACCCCCGCGAUAAUUGGGCCUCACCCAAGAAGCGUGUCAUCCAGAUUGGCGAUGCAGCUCAUACUUUUCUCCCAACUUCUACCAGUGGUGCCACGACGGCACUAGAAGACGGCUUCUCACUAGCCGCUUGCCUGCAGCUUGCUGGCAAGAAAGACGCGCCUCUCGCAGUUACAGUGCACAACCACUUCAGGCAAUCCCACGCACCCUAUCCUCUGCUUGACGAGGCUGACCCAUUUAACUACAGAGCCGAGCGUGUCGCCUGCGCCCAGAGGAUGGGCUUCAAGAACCAAGAGCUCUUCCACAGUGCUGACUGGGAUGCUGUAGCUCGGGAUCCUACUGCAUUCCUCACGCCGGCCGGCAAGUGGAUGGUGAACCAUGAUCCGGAGACUUAUGCUUACGACAACUAUGCUGCAUGCGCGAGCCACUUUACCGAUGGAACGCCCUUCCAGAACACUAAUGCCGUCCCUGGUUUUAUCUAUAAGCCGUGGACAGUCCAGGAGCUCUUGGCUGCUUCAGAUCGUGGUGAGCGGUUAGUGGAUGAGGGAGACUGGUAG